AUGAUUCGUCGCCUAAACGACAUCGUUUGUGCUCUACUCAUACACGCCAACCUCCCUCCCUCUUUUUGGGUGGAAGCCUUGCACACGACCGUUUACCUGCACAACAUUUUACCCACCAAACGUCUCAAUUUUUACAUUCCCUCUUUUGCCCUCUACCUACGGCAUCCUGAAUACACCCACCUUCGGGUGUUCGAGUGUGCUUGUUAUCCUAACACUUCUGCCAUCCAACCCCAUAAAUUAUAUGCCCGCUCCAUCCGAUGUAUUUUUCUCGGGUAUCCACCCGACUUUCAUGGGUAUCGGUGA